GCUCACCCACACACACACACUCACGUAGCCACGCACACCCCAAUGUAUUCACUUCGGCGAUAAGCAGCGAGAAGAGGGAGGGAAACGGCAACGCUGUUAAAAAUCGACAGGUGUUCUGGCCUCUUGCGUUCUUAUGUACACGAACUACUUAUUUCUUCCCUUUCUUCUAGCAUUCUGCCUCAGGGUGAGCUUGCGUAAGGAGUAGCUGUCCCGAAUCCGAAUCAAAACAUGAGAGCGCUCGUGUUGGUGAUGGUCCUGGCGAUACUGCUUGGCUCCACUACGGGCUGGGAGGUCUUCGAUUCCGCUAGCCAAGUGGGCGCCAGUGACCACAACAUUGUUAAAAGGGAAGGGAAAGGCACUGGAUAUGAUGACGAUGUUACAAGUCCGAGUAGAGAUGAUGAUGACGACGACUAUUAUUACGAUGAUGAUCAGAAUUAUAGUGAUGAUGAUGGUGAUGGCGAUGAAGGGGAUGAUUAUAGUGGCGAAUAUGUCACUGAUACUAAUGAUAAUGAUGACUGAUAAAGAAACGUCAUUGAAGAGGCAAGACAUAAGACGGACGAGUAUGCAGUGACCAUAAGGACUUUCUACCUUAAGCGAAUUUGAUCUACUGUCUCCGUGUGAUCGCCCUCAGCCUUCUUCUACGUGUUAAAAUGACUUACGUGUUUUGUUCUGAUUCCACGUGUGCCUCUUUCCCUCGUGGAUAUUGGUUUGGCUUUGCGACCCAUUAGGAUCACGUAUAUCUAAUUAGGAUCCUGUAUUUUUACUCGGGAUCACAUAUAUCUAAUUAGGAUCCUGUAUUUUUACUCGGGAUCACGUAUAUCUAAUUAGGAUCCUGUAUUUUUACUCGGGAUCACAUAUAUCUAAUUAGGAUCCUGUAUUUUUACUCGGGAUCACAUAUAUCUAAUUAGGAUCCUGUAUUUUUACUCGGGAUCACGUAUAUCUAAUUAGGAUCCUGUAUUUUUACUCGGGAUCACAUAUAUCUAAUUAGGAUCCUGUAUUUUUACUCGGGAUCACAUGUAUCUAAUUAGGAUCCUGUAUUUUUUUUUACUCAGGAUCAUGUAUAUUUGUGCUUAAAAGAGAUAGGGCAGUAUUACCCAAAGUGAAUAUCGAAGAAAAGUGUAAACCGGUUAAUUUUCAUCUGAGGCUAAUCCUUCUUAUCAGAUUUUCGAUGUCUUUGAGAUUCUUACCAAAAUUUCAAUGUCAUUGGAUCACAUUCCUACCAUAAACACACACACUAACCUGUGAGUCAUGUAUAUACACAUUGAACGUUAUUCAGCUGCCUAUCAUUAUUCAAAUUCAUGUAUGUUAUUAUUCAGUUUCCUUCACUAUGGACGUUGCAAAGUG